GAACUCUCUUUAAGGUAUUAUGAGAAUAUUGUGCUACAGUUUGCAGAUGGGAUUCACCCAGACAUCUCCAUAGUGGUUAACAGAAAUGAUGCCAGAAGGAUAAGGGAUGGAGAUAUGGAGUUCAUUGAGACCAUUAAAAAGAGAUGGUUGGAGACUAACACUGCCCCAGUCGCAGAAAUAACUGAUGGUAAAAUGUUAGAUUUCAGGGUUCUUUUUUUACACCCUGUCUUUGUGUCUGUUAAAAAACCUGUGUUUGUGUAUCUAACGGUCAUUUUAGAGCCACUGAAAUGGAGCCAUGAGGCUGUGUUAUUGCUGAUUUCCUUGAAGCAAGGAAACAUGGAGCUUUUCUCGAGUAAUUUGACUACGCAAAAGCAGGCGUGGAGGAAAAUAGCUAAGGACAUGAAGACGCAUGGAUAUGUGUUUUCUGGUGAAGACUGUGAUAAGAAAUUUAGGUCAUUGAAAAAUAGGUACAAGAUAAUCAAAGAAAGAAAUAACAAAACAGGUUGUGAUCGCCAGGCAUGGCAGUACUUUACUGCCAUGGAUGAAAUGUACAAAGGUGAUCCUGCGGUGCAGCCGGUGUCUGCAGCUUCGUCGUUAUGCCAUACCAUAAUGGCUAGCAGCACAACAUCAAAGAAAGCUCCAUCCUCUCCAAAGAAACGAAAAGUUGACAAAGAACCCAGCUGGGUAAAAGAUUACAGAAAUGAGAUCAGAGAAAUGCAUUUGGAGAGAAUGGAGCUAGAUAAAGAGAGGAUGAAGCUGGAGGAAAGAAGAGUGCAGGCUCUUGAACAGUUAGCAAGUGCUUUUAAAAAAUGAAAACAUCAUAAUGUUCAAAAACUAA